UAUUAACACCUAACCACGGAAGUCGACGCCAUAACCAUUCCUUCUUCUCUUCUCCACCUCACAAAACACAAAAGAUCCCCCACUGUAAUAUCUCUAGAUCCACCACAAACCUUCAUGCCUCAUUUAACAAUGGAAGAACAUAGAUACACCUUCCUCUUACUCUCUCUCAAACUUCAUUUUCAGUGUACCUCUUCCACUUCUACCAUACUCAAUUGAUUCUCAUCUUCCUUCUCUAGAUUUCACCUUCUUUCAAGGAUCAAUUCGGUGUGGAUUGGAGGGUUACUAGACACGACUGGCUGACUCACUUCGAGGUAUUCGGCAUUGCAUGAUCUUGUUUCGUUCUCGUGAUCCACAUUCGGUUUAGUGGGAAUUUUGAGGAAGAUUUUGUUUCUUUACCUAUAUGCUGUUUGUUGGUGCAGAUCGUUGAGGAGGCAAGGCAGUGAGGCAGUGAGGUUCUGUCGGUCCUACUGCUGUGUCUGGUCAUAACAUCACUUGAUACAUUGUAGUAUCUAAAUUGUUAUCCAUCGAUCGGCAGAAAGUACUAUGGGUAGCUGAAGGAAGAGGCGACGAGGAGUGCUGUCUCUUUGCACGAAGAGAUCCCUUCGUGAAUGGUCUCAAUUUCUUAGUUAUUGAAGGUUUACGGCUUUGUAGCCGAGAGGAGGUGGCGAGAAAUGGGAGCUGUCGGUGCGGAAGAAAUAAUGGAAGAGACAUCUGGGCGUGAAGAGAGAAUUUUGGUAUCAGUUCGUGUGCGCCCUUUGAACGAGAAGGAGAUUUCAAGGAAUGACGUUUCGGAAUGGGAAUGCAUCAACGACAACACUGUUAUAUGCAGGAAUGCGCUUUCGGUGGCUGAACGCUCGUAUCCGUCUGCAUAUACAUUUGACAGGGUAUUCGGUUGCGAUUGCUCGACAAGGAAGGUCUAUGAGGAAGGCGCCAAGGAAGUUGCCCUGUCUGUUGUCAGUGGAGUUAACUCAACUAUUUUUGCCUAUGGGCAAACAAGCAGCGGGAAAACGUACACCAUGAGUGGAAUUACGGAGUACACUAUCGAAGAUAUAUAUGACUACAUAAAGAAGCAUACGGAGAGGGAGUUUUUUUUGAAGUUCUCUGCCAUAGAGAUAUAUAAUGAAUCUGUGAGGGACCUCCUUAGCGUAGACAGUUCUCCUCUUAGACUCCUGGAUGAUCCAGAGAGGGGAACCACAGUUGAGAAACUAACGGAAGAAACUCUGAGGGACUGGAAUCAUUUUAGACAGCUUUUAUCUCUUUGCGAAGCUCAAAGGCAGAUAGGGGAGACGUCUUUGAAUGAAGCAAGCUCCAGAUCUCAUCAGAUUCUUAGAUUGACAAUUGAGAGCUCGGCUCGUGAAUUUUUAGGCAAGGACAAAUCGAGUUCUCUCACUGCUACUGUGAAUUUUGUCGAUCUGGCGGGAAGUGAGCGCGCAUCGCAGUCGUUAUCAGCUGGUGCACGUCUGAAAGAAGGUUGUCACAUAAAUCGUAGUUUGCUUACUCUUGGGACUGUUAUUCGUAAGCUCAGCAAGGGAAGAAAUGGACACAUUCCUUUCAGGGAUUCGAAGUUGACUCGUAUAUUGCAAUCUUCCUUGGGAGGCAAUGCCAGAACUGCCAUCAUCUGUACCAUGAGCCCUGCUCAAAUCCAUGUUGAGCAAUCAAGAAACACACUGUUUUUUGCAAGUUGUGCUAAAGAAGUUGUUACUAAUGCUCAGGUAAAUGUAGUCGUGUCUGAUAAGGCACUGGUAAAACAAUUGCAAAGAGAAUUGGCGAGAUUGGAAAGUGAGUUAAAAAGCACUGUGCAAACUUCUGGAACACCUGAUUUCGCAUUAAUUAGAGAAAAAGAUCUUCAGAUUGAAAAGCUUAAAAAGGACUUAAGAGAGCUUACCUUGGAACGGGACUAUGCACAAUCUCAGGUUAAGGAUCUGCUUAAAAUGGUUGAAGAUGAUAAACCUCUAAUAUCAUCGGCGACAGAUUUGGAUGAUCAGUAUUCAAGAUUACGGGUGCGGUCAUCAUGGGAUUUUGAGAAUCGCCCAUCUCAGACAACCGUAAUGACAGAAUCUCGAAUCAUCGGUGAUGAUUCUGGAUCUUUUGACGCUUCUCAGUAUUUAGGUGGACAUAACAUUAGUUUCGAUGAUAAUUUUAUGCAUCUCGUCGAAGUUGAAAAGGAUUUCCUGCAAGGCCAAUCCCCUCAACGAGUAUCAUCGGUGGUUUCCUCUUUGGUUGAUACUCAACAAAAUCUUGUCGAAGUUGAAGAACUGUCUUAUGAGAACUCUGAGGACAUCUGUAAGGAAGUUAGAUGUAUUGAGAUGGAAGAAUCAAGUAUGAAUAGAUACUUAGUUUCUACCAUGUCAGAUUCCAGCCCAGAAAGUUAUGUUAAUUCUGGCCCAGAAAGAUACGUUAAUUCUACCACUCCGUUACCUGUAGCAAACACAACCACCUCGAAAGUAGUUGAUAAUGGACAAAGUAAAGAAUGUAAAUUAGAAUCAUCCCCUGCAGAAGAAGAUAGUAAGUCUAACAACUUCAGUCCUUUCUAUGUAAUCCUAUCCCCGGAGAAACCUUCUCCAUGGAAUAUGGACAAAGAUAUCUGUAACACUGGACGAUUAAACCUAACUAGGAGUAGAAGUUGUAAAGCUACUAUUAUGAGAACCUUAUCUUCGGAGAAUAUCAAGGAAUUCCUGAGCACACCACCAAUUUGGCUUGGAAAAGACUUCGUAGGGAGACCUGAGAGCUUCCAAUUAAAUCUUCAUACAUUGAAAUAUGAUGUUGAGUCUGAGAGGUCGUCACUAACUCGUUCUCAAACUUCCCAGAAGAGUGCUUCCAAAGAUGCGCAUAUUGAACAGAAUUUUGAUGUGUUCGAAGAUGACAAAAGUGAUGUGACAACUUCAGCAACAGAACUAGAACAUGACCGGCUAUCCAAUUUUGAGAGAGAAAAUCAACUUCUUGAUGCAACAAAGCAGAUAUCCAAUCUUAACAGUGAAAAUCAUCUUCUUGAUGCAGCCGUGCUUGAGGCUAAGUCAAAUUCCAUUGAAUCUGGGAAGAAUGUGGAAGAUGUUGGCGUGGAUCCAAUCCAUAAUAACAACAUGAUAAGUCCUUCAAAAUGGCCUUCGGAGUUUAGAAGACUUCAAAAAGACAUCAUUGAACUGUGGCAUAUUUGUAACGUCUCAUUGGUGCAUAGGACCUACUUUUUCCUUCUAUUUCAAGGUGGCGAUCCAGCUGAUUCCAUUUACAUGGAGGUUGAGUUGAGAAGACUAUCCUUUCUUAGAGACACAUUUUGUCGAGGAAAUCCUACUGUCAGAAACGGUGAAACACUGACACAAGCAUUGAGUUUGAAAUCGCUUCACCGGGAGAGACAAAUGUUGUGCAAACAAAUGGAGAAGAAACUGUCAAAGAAACAAAGAGAGAGCCUAUUUGUAGAAUGGGGCAUUGGAUUGAAUUCUAACAAUAGAAGAUUGCAAUUGGCUCAUCUUGUGUGGAACGAUGCAAAAGAUAUGGAUCACAUAAGAAAGAGCGCAGCCAUUGUUGCAAAACUUGUUAACUACGUAGAACCAGAUCAAGCCUCCAAAGAGAUGUUUGGUCUUAAUUUCACACCACGCCACGAUGCUCCAGGAAUCGCCUCCUUGGAGACAAAACAUGAAGGUUGUCUCGUAAUGUAAUACUAAUAAGUUUCUAGCUAAUUGUUGUACAGAUUGUAUUGAAUUGUAAUUUAAUUAUUCUAUUCUUAAUUGGAUAUUUCUAUCCCAUUCUUACUCCACCUAUGUAUCUUACUAUUGAUUUGAUUAAUUGUAAGGAUUAUGUGAGCUUGUGAAGUUGCUAAACGAAUAUGCCAUUGAUGUGGACUUUCUAAUUCAAUGUAAAGAUCUCAUACUAGUAUUAUAUAUAUCUUCUUAAUAAAAAUUUGUUGUUUUAUUAUUA